UUUGUAAGUUGUGAGCGGAUGUUGUCUCCUGACCUGACUGAAGCGUAGCGUGUCACAGACACUUUUUUUUUCAGGGAACUGCGGUCGGCCGGUUUGACUGUCGGUGCGGACAUGAGAGGGAUUCGGGUUCGGUAACCUGGUACUUCCCGGUGUGUCAGAACGGGGCUGUCCGAGCGGACCGGGCUCUUAGAAAAGCCGGCUGGGUAAGCUAGCUCCAGGCGCUAACUUCACGGACCGGAGGAGGCAGCAGCAGCAGCRGCAGCGGCAGCGGCAGCGGGGCCUCGGGCUGGUUACCACUCGGCUUCACGGACAUAGACACCCCGCACACCCCGUUUAGUUUUCCGGAGCGACAUCCUGCUAACAUGGACAACUUGAGUGAAGCUCUGGAGAAACUGAAGCUGGCGUCAUCAGACAGCACCAGCGACAGCACUGAGAGUUGUCUGGACUGCCUGCUCAAGGCUCUCGCCAACAACAACACUGAGGCCAGUAUGAAGAUCCAGGAGAUGGGCAUCCUUCCCCUGCUCCCCACCCUGCUCAAUCCCCAGUCUUCCUGCACCCCUAAAGUAGCCAACAUCAUAGCUGAAGUGGCAAAAAAUGAGUUCAUGCGGAGUUCCUGUGUGGAUGCCGGCCUCAUCCCUCCUCUAGUUCAGCUGCUAAGCUCCACGGACCAGGAGGUUUUACUGCAGACUGGCCGAGCGCUUGGUAACAUCUGUUAUGACAGCCAUGAGGGCAGGAGUGCCGUUCACCUGGCAGGAGGGGCUCAAAUAAUAGCUGAACUCAUUAAAUCCCUCUCCCAAAAUACUGAUCCGGAAAAUGAGAAGCUCUUGACUGUCUUUUGUGGCAUGCUGGUGAACUAUAGCAAUGAUAAUGAGUCCAGCAAAGAGCAGUUUGCCUCCACCAACAUCGCUGAGGAGCUGGUGCGUCUCUUCCAGAAGCAGACAGAGCACGAGAAGAAGGAAAUGAUUUUUGAGGUUCUGGCUCCACUUGCUGAAAAUGAUAUGAUCAAGCUGCAGCUGGUGGAGGCAGGCCUGGUGGAGUGUCUGCUGGAGGUGGUAGCUCAGACCGUGGAUGGAGAGCGGGAGGAGGACAUCGCUCAGCUCAAGACUGCCUCUGACCUCAUGGUUCUCCUGCUUCUCGGAGAUGAGUCCAUGCAAAAGCUGUUUGAAGGAGGAAAGGGCAGCGUCUUCCAGAGGGUCCUGUCCUGGAUACCAUCCCACAACCACCAGCUGCAGCUGGCUGGGGCUUUGGCCAUCGCUAACUUCGCCCGCAACGAUGGAAACUGCAUUCACAUGGUGGACACUGGAAUUGUACAGAAGCUUCUGGAACUGUUAGAUCGCCACGUUGAAGAAGGAAACGUUACUGUCCAACACGCUGCGCUGAGCGCCUUGAGGAACCUGGCUAUACCUGUGGUCAACAAAUCCAAGAUGUUGUCUGUAGGCGUGGCAGACGUGGUGUUGAAGUUCCUACAGUCAGAGAUGCCUCCGGUUCAGUUUAAACUCCUGGGAACAUUACGGAUGCUGAUCGAUACACAAGCUGCAGCUGAGAAGGACUUUGUCGGAUCCAACUUGGUGUCGGUUCUUCACAAGCUGCUGUCAGACGAGCGGAGCGCUCCAGAGAUUAAAUACAAUUCCAUGAUUUUCGUCUGUGCAGUCAUGGGCUCAGAGCCUCUUUACAAAGAGGUGCAGAGCCUGGCCUUCAUCGACGUGGUGUCUAAGCUGAGGGCUCAUGAAAACAAGACGGUAUCACAUCAGGCCUCGCUCACAGAGCAGCGACUAACUGCACAGAGCUAAAUGACUGUCCAACCUCUUCCCCCUCCCCUCCCCCCAGACACACCCACCCACCCAAAUGCCUGCCAACCCACCUGAUUACCCAGCUGACACCUAAUGACUGCUCUCCCGUGUCCCAUCGUCAUGUGCCAAGGUACCACGUCGAGUUAACUGCCAGCCACAGUCAUCGACCCCCCCCCACCCCCCUCCACUAGGCUUAGACUGAUGUGCAAUACUUUGAGCUUAAUACACAUCAUUCAAUCUCAACAUUUUCUGAUUGAUUUCUUCUCCUCUGUGGGAGAAACUCCACCUCAAAGCUCUGAAACAGGAUGGUCUCCCUUUGAAGCCAUAAUAGAAAGUUUUCUCCAGGCGUGGAGGCGGUCUGACCUCCUUCUGUGUCAAACGCUCCCUGUGCUGUGACCACUGACACCAGUGUGUUAAAACUGAACUGGGAGGUAGGGUGUAAAACCCAUUCCCAGCUCUGCUUGUGCAUGUUCAACCUACCACUAGUGGCUCUGCUGGAGCCGAGGCGCCGUAAACAGUCUGACGCAAUAGAAGAGACAGCACUCUUUAAAGACCAUAGCUGUGACCCCACCCACCAGUCAUGAUGAUGCAACAAAACAACAACUAUUAAAAAAAGGCUUCUCUUGUCA